AUGGAGAUGCAUCAGUUCAUUGGUGACCUUAUCACAUCUGGAAACACCUCGAAGGACCAGCCAGAUGUGGUGAACCCAGCAUGGGGCGUGGCUGGGGCAGAGGCUGUUAGGUUCAAAGGUGCUUCACAUGAACCUUUUCAAAUAACUCGACCUGCUCAGGACAAGACGGAGGCAGAGAUGGGCCGUCGGGUGCAGCCUGGGGCAGCACAGAGGAAGGGAGAGGCCAGAGACAGCAGAGAAGAUGUGCAUCAUGGCUGCACCUGCCCUGGCUGUCCUUACUCCAAUUCUCCUUCUUCCUUUGAGACUUUACAACCCAGACAACCUUCAUCCUCAUCGCCAAGCACAGAUGCAGUACGCCAUCCCAAAGACCAUAGUGGCACUGCUCCAUUGAACUUAAAUGUGAACAAUGGAGCAAGCAGCACCACCACAGCUGAGUUAGACAUCAGGCCGUCCGGCCCAAGGACUCAGAACCCGGACCAGAACUCUGAAACUCCUCCAUCCAGAGUGUCCUCAAGCUCCUUGAACCACCUCACCAUGUUUCCCUGCUUGUGUUGCCGCCGCAGCUUACAACCCUGCACACAGAUCCUGAGUCACCAGGAAGGAACGGAUUCCCCAUUUUCUCACACCCAUGCCCAUCAUCAUUUUCAUCACCACCACUGCCCUAUAAGCACCUGUCUGCCCUGUCCACAGCUCUCUGCUCCUUUCCCCUGUUUGUCUUGCCAGCAUUCCUUUCCUGCCUGCACUCAGGAGGAGAGAGAUAGGCCAGUUUCAACUCUGCUGUCGUUGCAUGCUUGCAUGCACUGCCCUGCCACUUUUUCCAGACCGUCCCAGCUGCUGCAGCACCAGCGCACCGAGCAUGCUCACAAACCGUCUGGCUUUCUCUGCACAGAGUGCGGCAGGGCUUUCAACUCACACAGCAAUCUCCGUAUCCACCUCAACGUGCACACUGGUGCCCGGCCGUACACCUGCUCCGAGUGCGGGAAGAGUUUUAGCCAGUCAGGGGCUCUGAAGAUCCACAGACGAAUUCAUACAGGCGAGAGGCCAUACUCCUGUGGCUUCUGUGGCAGGGGGUUUCCCCAUCUGGCAGGGGUCCGGGCCCAUCAGAGGACCCACACAGGAGAGAAGCCCUACCGUUGUACUCAGUGUGGGAAAUGUUUCACCCAGUCUGGAGCCCUGAAGAUCCAUACCCGCAUCCAUACAGGUGAGAGGCCCUUUAUCUGCAGUAUCUGUGGAAAAGGCUUCGCCAACCGCUCCGGGAUCCGCUUCCAUUAUCGCACAGUCCAUGGGCUGGCCCCUGAACAUACUGGAGAAGCUGGGGGUGCAUAUCGAGGAUCGGCAGGUCGUGGUUGUCCGCCUGGACGUCCCAAGACUUUGCCUCCCGCCAGCAUAGGGCUAAACACACCUAAUAGGUCAGAUAGCAACUCACAUACAACUCUAACUUCAAGAGAACCUCAAGUGUCGACUGCUUUGCUCGGUGGAAAUGAGAGAAAGUCUCAGUCUGAGGGAGCAAACACAGGUAGUAACAGAGAAGGGCAGCUGUAUGCGUGUGAGGACUGUGGCCUGCGUUUUAAGGAUGCUCCCUCCAGGAACAGACACCAGACUUUGGUUCACUACUCCUCUGAGGAGAAACAGGAGAAGGGGGGACAGAAGAAAGAGUUGAGCACAACCAGUGGAGUUGGUACAUUAUAGCAGGCUCAACAUCACAAAAGUCAA